AUUGGUAGUCAAUAAACCGAUUGUUGCCUCGCGCGCACACCACGUGCUUAUUGGUGAUGAGUUUUGAUGUAGAUGAGUUACGCUAAAAUCGUUAAGGAACCUGCUCAAAGAUUUGUUUACCUGUAUGAUAAGGAACUCCAAUUAAAAACACUCAGAUAUGUUCUCGCCUGCUGGUCGAUAAAUCUGCUAGGAUGCCGAGAUCUCCUCGUUUUUCAUACCUUUCAAAAAGUUGCGCUUAAUUUUUAUAAACAUGAUCAUGGAGCAGAAGGAUCGGAUGCUUCGUAAGACAAAAUGACAUGAAUAAUGCCGAGAGCAACCGAAUAUCAAUAAAUAUUAAAACUAAGACUUAAGUACCUCUGAUGGGAAUAAUAUUUGUGAGUGUUAAGGAUGCCUAUUCUGGCCUUUCUGUGGCUGUCUUUGCUUCCUUUGAUGUCUGUCGGUGUGAUACCAGACGAACAACGCUUACUAGAGACUUUACUGUCGGACUAUAACCCUGCCGCACGUCCUGUCUUUAAUGCAUCACAUAUUCUUCUUGUUAAAUUUGGAAUAACACUGGCUCAAAUAUCAGAUAUGGACGAGGUCAACCAGGUGCUUACUACUAGUGUAUGGUUAGAACAGGAAUGGCAAGAUGAACGCCUGAUUUGGGAUCCUUCAGAUUAUAAUGGACUUGAGACUUUGCGUAUGCCAUGUGACAAAAUCUGGCUUCCAGACAUUGUGCUAUACAACAGUGCUGAUGAUUACACUUCGGGAUAUAUGCAAAGUAAGGCAAUGGUUCGUUAUGAUGGGAAUGUCUUCUGGCCUCCUCCAGCUAAGUUCCGCAGCUCCUGUAAGAUCGACAUCACAUUCUUUCCUUUUGACGACCAAAUCUGUAAAAUGAAAUUCGGUUCCUGGACUUAUGAUGGAUUCCAAGUGGAUAUAACAAACAGAACCGCUCAGGUCGACCUGUCAAAUUAUGUCUACAGUGGGGAAUGGGAACUCAUCUCAAUUUAUGGAGUUCGAAACGAGGUCAUAUACCAGUGCUGUAAUAUUCCAUACCCGGAUGUGACGUUUACCAUAAUCAUGCGCAGAAAGACGCUAUACUAUCUGUUUAAUAUUAUUUUCCCUUGUUUGUGGCUGACGAUUUUGAGUUUACUUGGUUUCUGGCUGCCCCCUGACAGCGGAGAAAAGAUCACACUUGGCAUUACUGUCUUAUUAGCUUUCUCUGUGUUCAUGCUACUCAUUGCUGAAAAUAUGCCAGCAACAUCCGAAUUUGUUCCUCUGAUUGGUAUUUAUUUGACAGUGACAAUGGGAAUGACGUCAUUAUCCAUUAUUCUAACAGUGUUUGUACUUCAAUUACAUCACGUGGGUCCGCAUCAGCGACCCGUGCCAAGAUGGCUACGGUUUUUGUGUGUGGAUAUUUUAGCCAGAUUCAUGUGUAUGAGACAGUCUCAGAUUCCACAGCCGUUUGUUGAUGAAUUCCGCAAAGACGACAUGUGUUUAACAACAUUUUUUGAAAAUGUCGAAAAUGGAAACACCACGGGUACGUGUAAUGGGAAUUUGCAACAAAAUUCCAAUAACACAAUUAAUAAUUACCAGAAUGACAAAUAUCAUAUUGAAAUGGAUAAAGACAAAACACAUCAAAAGAUUACAAAUCAUUUAAAACUGUUAGUGGAGAAACAGGACUAUGAGGAGAACCAUCAGGGUAUCGUCCAUGAGUGGCAGUUUGUCGCUCACGUAAUGGACAGAGUUCUUUUUUGGAUCUUUUUAUUUGCUGCAGUUAUAUCAUCUAUAUUGAUUUUAGUUGUACAACCUUUAUUAAAACCCCCGCUACAGUGAACGCCAAAUAUUUCAUUUUUCAUGGCCAUAAAUAUUCAUUUACAAAGUAAAACGUGCACAAGGCGCCAAUAAAUAAACAUUAAAAGCUUCGAAA